GCAACAAUUUACUGGUGAUUGGAGAAUUGAAGAAGGAUGAUGAGGAUGCGCCAAAUAAAAGCAAAAAGGCCGAGGAGACGAAGAAGAAAGAUGAGUCGGCGGUGGCUUCGCCGGGUGAAGUAAAAAAAGUCGAAAAUGCUGAAAAUGGUCGAGAUGCUGUACGCAAGCCCACGGAGAAGGCACCAAUAAAAGAAGCUGAGAAAAAAGAGACAGCUACCGGCGGCAAACGUACUUAUACCACCUCCAAAAACGCUUAUGAUGAACCGGGCAGUAAGAUGCCUCGUGGAAGAGAGGGCGCUCCGUAUCGUGGUUCAGCAAUUGGGCAGCGUGGUUCAUUCUUGCCGAAAGACUUUCGCCCAGGCUGGAGGCCAGAAAUGGCGCCAUCAGCUCAACCACUACUUGCUCUUCGUCCGAAAGUUCCGUUUGGUGGAGGCCCUGCUAGCACGGCAAAUGAAUACGGCUACAACGCAAAUUAUAGCCCGUAUGAUCGAUAUAAAGGCCCGGAAGAUCGCUUUGUUGGCGGUAUUGGUGGUGGUGGUGGUGGGCCGGAUCAGAAUUCGUCAUGGCGACAUGGUAUUUUGUUAAAUUUUUUGUGA